ACGUGAAGAAGCUACUCUUCCUGAGGCUGCGGAGAGAGAUGCAUAACUCAGAGCUAUAAGACAGAUAGAAAAAGGAAAACAAAACAAAUCAAAACAAAACCAAGGACAGGAAGAAAAGAGACUAGCCUAUAAGAAUAAAUGAGAACACGGGGGAAAAUCUGAAGGCAGGAGAAGGGAAGGGGGAGGAGAGAGGAAGGGAAAGGAAAAUCCACACCCUGUGGAACAAAAUCUAGAGCAAACCGGCUGUCAGCAGUUUGUUUUUCUAAAAGAGAAGAAAGUACCUGAGGAUUGCCUAUUUUUUUCCAAGACUCAAUGAAAAAGAUACUCUAACCCUCAUAGAAAAAAAAAAAAAAAGAACCGAGCUGAGCUAAAAGCCAGUUUGGAUAUCGGUUUGAGGAGAGAGCUAAAGGGAAAUCCAAACUGUCGUGGUGCAUCUGCAUGAAGCAGCUGCCUGUGUAAAUUGAGCAGAAUUCAGCCCUGGUUCGGGAAAUCCACAUCCUCACUCCUAUGGAAGAAAAGGCCAGGCACCGAAACGUUGAAAAGAGCCCCACAGGCGGGAGCGAGUCUGAUCCUGGUCGAGAUGCUGGUUCUGGAGGGGGUGGAGUAGCACUGAAGAAAGAGAUUGGGUUGAUCAGUGCUUGCGGCAUCAUUGUAGGAAACAUCAUUGGUUCAGGAAUUUUUGUCUCACCAAAAGGUGUUCUGGAGAAUGCUGGUUCUGUGGGCCUUGCUUUGAUUAUAUGGAUUGUAACGGGGCUCAUCACAGCUGUGGGUGCAUUGUGUUAUGCUGAACUUGGAGUUACUAUCCCUAAAUCUGGAGGUGACUACUCUUAUGUCAAGGACAUCUUUGGAGGCCUGGCUGGGUUCCUAAGGCUGUGGAUUGCUGUGCUAGUAAUCUACCCCACCAACCAGGCUGUCAUUGCUCUCACCUUCUCCAAUUAUGUGCUGCAACCACUCUUCCCCACCUGUUUUCCUCCAGAGUCUGGACUACGACUCCUGGCUGCAGUCUGCUUAUUGCUUCUAACAUGGGUCAACUGCGCAAGUGUGCGAUGGGCCACCCGAGUGCAGGAUGUCUUCACAGCUGGGAAGCUCUUGGCCCUGGGCCUGAUUAUUGUCAUGGGGAUUGUGCAGAUCUGCAAAGGACAGUACUUCUGGCUAGAGCCCAAAAACGCAUUUGAGAAUUUCCAAAAGCCUGACAUCGGCCUCAUCGCAUUGGCUUUCCUUCAGGGCUCCUUUGCCUAUGGAGGCUGGAACUUCCUUAAUUAUGUGACAGAGGAACUGGUUGAUCCCUACAAGAACCUUCCUCGAGCUAUUUUCAUCUCCAUCCCUCUGGUCACGUUUGUGUAUGUCUUUGCCAACAUUGCUUAUGUCACUGCGAUGUCACCCCAGGAGCUGCUGGCCUCCAAUGCUGUCGCUGUGACCUUUGGAGAGAAGCUUCUUGGUGUCAUGGCCUGGAUCAUGCCCAUUUCAGUUGCGCUGUCCACAUUCGGUGGAGUUAAUGGAUCUCUCUUUACAUCCUCCAGACUAUUCUUUGCUGGAGCCCGGGAGGGCCACCUGCCCAGUGUGCUGGCUAUGAUCCACAUAAAACGUUGUACUCCUAUCCCUGCUCUCCUCUUCACGUGCAUCUCCACCCUGCUGAUGCUGGUGACCAGUGACAUAUAUACGCUCAUCAACUAUGUAGGCUUCAUCAAUUACUUAUUCUAUGGUGUCACAAUUGCUGGGCAAAUUGUCCUGCGCUGGAAGCAACCUAAUAUUGCCCGCCCCAUCAAGAUAAGCCUGCUAUUUCCUGUCAUCUACCUGCUGUUCUGGGCCUUCCUUUUGGUCUUUAGUUUGUGGUCAGAGCCCGUGGUUUGUGGCAUUGGCCUGGCUAUCAUGCUGACAGGUGUCCCUGUCUACUUUCUCGGUGUGUACUGGCAGCACAAACCCCAGUGUUUCAAUGACUUCAUUGCAUCCCUCACCUCGUUGAGCCAGAAGCUGUGUGUGGUCGUGUAUCCCCAGGUGGAUGAGAGCCCAUCAAAAGAGGAAGAAUCUCUUGAUGACAUGAAAGAACAGAGGCAACCCAUCUACAAAUCAACUGACCCCAAUGGGCCAGAGUCAACUGAUUCAUCCCGACCCUGAUUCUGAGCGGCUCUUCUGAGCUUCUCUGGCCUUUGGCUCCCCCUUCAACCCCUCCUUCACUCAACCUCCUUCUUUACCCUCACCCCAAAACUGUUCUUCUCAGGUGGGUGCAGUCAGAGAGGUAGGGGAGGGAAAUGGUAAACAAAGACACUGUAAUUUGUACCCAAAGAACCAGCCACAGACCACUAGGGUCUAUGUAGGAAUACCAUUCACCAGUGCUGCUGUCCCUAGGGAGAGGAAGUCUACCUCCUUUACACAGACCCCAACUUGAGGAGUGAGGGCCAUCCAGGGAUAUUAUCCUUAGCAAAUCCUCGUGCCCACAAACGUGCAAAAACCCCCAGAGCAGCAUCCUCAGGAAACCAACCACGUUUGGUGUUGCCUUCACUCUCCUUCCCCUUUCCAAGCCUAAGGAACAGAGGCCUGAGUUGGGGAAGGAGGAACAACUCAGACAUGGCAGCCAGAGGUCUUCAAGAGAAGGGGAUCUGAUGUCAGCCGCAGGGUGCAGGAGUCUCAGAGAAAGGACAUAGGUGUUUUCCCCACACACUUGGUCUUGAUUACUUGUGGUUCCUUUCCAGACAGUACAAAUUCCCUUUAGGGUUAAGGACCAACAAAGGAUGAGCACUGCCUCUUCUUCCCCUACUUCUCCCUUCCCCUCACCCCUCAUCCCUCCCCUACACACACAGGCAUUCAAGCACACCCCAAGCCUGUGGAACACAUUUGCAAAGACCCA